AUGCCGGUCAAGCGUCCUGUCGUCCACGGUGUAUGCAUCAACGGCCAACCAGUUUUUGCUAAGGCUCGUCGGCUGAGCCCCGAGAAGCUUGCCAUCGCGCGUCAAGAAUUUGAUCACAUGCUGGCGGUCGGCAUAGUAAGACCAUCGUCCAGCAAUUGGUCAUCGCCUUUGCACGUGGUCCCUAAGAAGACUGAUUCCCACGGCAGAGGAGGACGUUCCCAAGACCGCCAUUGUAACCCUUUCGGCCUCUUCGAAUUCCUCCGAAUGCCUUUCGGACUCCGCAACGCUGCACAAUCUUUCCAGCGCUUUAUCGACAACGUCACACGGGGCCUACCUUUCGUUUUUGCAUACCUCGAUGACCUGCUUGUGGCCAGCGCUUCCCAGGAAGAGCACUUGCAGCACCUGCGUGCCUUAUUCCACCGCCUCUCCGAGCAUGGAUUACUCAUUAAAGGAUCGAAACGACGGAGGGAGACCACCGACCCCAGUGCCUUUGAUGAGCUGCUGAAUGCAGUCGAUGAAGAAACUGUCUGUACCGAACAUUCUUCUGCAAUAGAUGAAGUGCACCACUGUGACCCAGUCACUCAGGCAGAUAAUGAGCCAUUUCUUGUGGAGGCUUCCACAAUGACAGAUGACUCAGUAGAAACCUCAAAGCUUCUGUUCUUCUGCUGUGAGAAGGAUGGAGACGGUACUGCCACUCAAAUUGAGAGCGUACCAACAGUGGACGUGGGGACUGCGUGCCCAGGUGUGCAGUACGAGACGAAGGGCACCGGGACCAUCUACAAGGAAGUGUAUUUCGGUGGCUACAAGUCUAUCGUAGAUGAUGAACAGCGGCUACUGGACCUUACAGGCGUGACGCUCGUGAUCCUGGCCAUCCUACGGAGCCUGCUUCCAGACAGAUGCCGCCACCCUCGUGAACUUGACAUCAAUGGCAAACUCAUACUCUUUCUAAUGAAGACGAAGCACGGCCUGCCAUUUUCCUGUUUGGCGUCACUUUUCGGCAUUCACCGCACCACAGCAGCGAAAAUAUUAAACUCAGUGUUUGUGAACCUGUGUGCGGCAACGAGGUCGUGGCUGUUCUGGCCUAGCAGGGCUGCUAUACGAGCAACUAUGCCGCCUAGUAUUUCACUGAUGUACCCAAACUGCAGGGUCAUCAUUGAUUGUACUGAACUGAAGGCUGAAACACCACCAGGUGUGGAGGCACAAAAUAUGUGGUACUCCCACUAUAAAGGGACAUACACAAUCAAGUACCUGGUGGGAAUAGCACCGAAUGGCCUGGUCACCUUCCUCUCCCCAGGAUUCGGAGGGAGGGCCAACGACACUAGCCUCACAGUUGAAGCUGGUGUGUUGCCACUGUUGGAACCAGGAGACCUUGUACUCGCUGACAAAGGCUUUCCCGGAAUCCGAACAGGUGUUGGACAGCAAGGAGCUACACUAGUAAUGCCUCCUUUUGCAACCAAGCCGCAGUUCACUGAGGCAGAAGCAGAUGCCACCUACGAUACUGCAUCUGUACGAAUCCACGUGGAAAGAGUCAUCCAGAGGCUACGCAUAUUUGAUAUUUUAAAUACAAGAAUUCCCCAAGAACUUGCCAUGUACAUGGACAAAAUUAUGCACAUAGUAUGUGUGCUAACUAACCUCAGGCCUGGAAUAUUUCGAAAAGUGCAGCCUACUGUCGAUGACACACAGUGAUGUAGCAGCCACAAAUCAUACAUGAAGUGAAUACAGCAGUUAUUGUAAUUAGCUUUCCUUUCGGCAUUUUAAUUGUGUGGCAGC